CAUAGUUUUGAUGCUGGCAGACGACAUGGCGUGUAACCAUAGAAACCCGAAGCCGGCCACGGUGUUCAGUCACAAGAACAUGGAGCUCAACGUGUAUGGAGAUGACGUAGAGGUGGAUUACCGUGGUUACGAGGUGACAGUUGAGAACUUCCUUCGUGUGCUGACGGGAAGGCUGCCACCCAGCACGCCACGGUCUAAACGUCUCCUCUCUGACGACCACAGCAACAUCCUCAUCUACCUCACUGGUCACGGUGGGAACGGCUUCCUGAAGUUCCAGGACUCUGAAGAGAUCAGCAACGUGGAGCUGGCCGACGCCUUUGAACAGAUGUGGACUAAGAGAAGGUACAAUGAGCUGCUGUUCAUCAUUGAUACUUGUCAGGGAGCCUCCAUGUAUGAGAGAUUUUACUCUCCUAACCUCAUGGCCCUGGCCUCCAGUCAAGUAGGAGAGGACUCCCUGUCGCACCAGCCAGACCUGGCUAUCGGGGUCCAUCUAAUGGACAGGUAUACAUUCUACCUGUUGGAGUUUCUGGAGGAUAUUCACCCUGCUAGCACCGCUAACAUGAACGAUCUGUUUAAGGUGUGUCCUAAGAGUCAGUGUGUGUCCACUCCGGGCCACCGUACAGACCUUUUCCUCCGGGACCCCGGAAACGUCCUCAUCACCGACUUCUUUGGCAGUGUCCGUAAAGUAGAGAUCACCAUGGAAACCAUCAACCUGACAGCUCCCAUGGUGCAUCUGGCUGUGGAAAGACCAGUAAGUGAGCUGAAGACAGAGAGCCAGUCAUAUGUGGACCAACUACCAGUGGCUGAGAUUAUACACCAGAAACCAAAGCAGAAGGACUGGCACCCUCCAGAUGGUUUCAUCCUGGGUUUGUGGACUCUCAUCCUCCUGGUCUUCUUCAAGACGUACGGCGCCAAGCACCUUAAGCACAUCUUCUAACCCCUGACCUUUUAAGCCCGAACUCUGACCCAUUUCUGCUCCUUGUGCAGUUUGCACUAGUUCCCUUGGCUUCCUAGAUUUGAAAGAAGACUGGUAUAGGACUCAUGGUGAAUAUUCUAAAGUGCAGGCUUUCAUCCAUCCAAGUGCACAACUGCGCACUUCAAGAUAAAGGACAGACAAUUGGGACGCGGUGUUGGCGAGGUCCCAAUCUUCUGGAUUACUAGAAGACUGCAAAGACAUUAUUAACAGUGAAAGAAUGGCACAGUCUUUUAGUGGUAAUUGCCUUUCUAGUCAUUCUAUUUCUAUGGUUAUUAACAUUAUCGAACGGGGUGAUUGGUACAUCCAUUUUGUUAUUGUUUGAAGAGCAGUUUGCCCCUUUUUUUUAACAUCAUAUUGUUUAUGUUUAAACUCUGCACUGUGUUGGAGAGAAUGUGGUGAUACAACACUGACCUGCACAAAGACACACAUUGUUGUGCCUUUCUGGACAUAAACAGUACUCUAACUACUGAUUACUGCUGGUCUUAAUUAUCCUGGACAUAAACAGUACUCUAACUACUGAUUACUGCUGGUCUUAAUUAUCCUGGACAUAAACAGUACUCUAACUACUGAUUAGUGCUGGUGUUUAUUCUGUAUUUAUUGUAUGGAAUCUGGUAAAUAGGUGUUUAGAGUUAAAACGCAACUGAAGAUGAAAAGGAUGGAAGCAGCGAAUACUGGAAGAAACAAUCCUACUUUUGUUGUAUUUUUUUAUUUUUUAUUGUUGCAUGGUUUAGAAUUUAAAGAGGGAGAACGGAAAAGGAAAUUGAGGAUAAAAUGAAAAGGGUUUAAAAAAAAAUACUGGAAAGCAAUGGUCCUUCUCAGGAGAGCAGAUAGAUGUGUUGAUUGUCUUAUUUGAUGUCUUUUAAGGAAAUGUGCGUUUUCUUUUUUCCUUUAUUUUGUGUCUGGCAGCAGAGCUGUCUUCUUCUCUCAUAUCUAUAAUUAAAUUGAUGGGACUGAAAGGCA